CUUGUGCAACUGUUUUACUGCUGCUGCUUUAUUUCUUUAAAAACAACACUCAAUUUUGACUCAUGGAUUUUCUCCGGGUUUGCGCAUUCCUGUGCGUCGUCUUCGUCGGUUUCGCCAAGGCUUUUACGCAUGAGGAUAUGAAGGACGCGCUGCUGAAGAAACUGGGCUUGGAUGAAGUUCCUACAAUCCAUAAAAGGGAUUUGGAGAACCUUGUUAUUCCGGCACACAUCAGAAAUAAGUACUCAUCCAUGCUGAAGAUGCACCACAGCAGGAGACGCAGAUCCCUGCCGAGUCUGGCGGGCAUCCUCAGGGGAAUCCCUGGCAAUGCAGAUAUCUCCGGGGAGUACGUGUACUCUGACACAACUCGGCAUCGCAUGGUGUUCGACAUGGAGGCGAGGAUCCCUGAUAACAGUGAGGUGACCAUGGCGGAGCUCAAGCUCUACCAGAGGACGUCUUACCACAGGCGCUUCUCUGCGGAGAGGAAGCACCACCGGCCGGUCAAUAACGCCAGGGUGAGCAUCUACUGGGUGGAGGUGCUUCCGAACGGCUCCAACCGGACGUCGCUGGUCGAUUCACGGUUGAUUCCCAUUCAUGAGACCGGCUGGAAGAGCUUUGAUGUGACACAGGCGGUGCAUUAUUGGUCCAAAACCCAACAGAAGACACCUAUGCACCUGGAGGUGUGGAUCGAGGGCGAGAGACCUGGCAGCUACGCGGCAGAGAUGGCCAAGAGUGUCCGCUUUACCACCCAGGAGCAGACGGACAACACCUUGGGGAAGCCCGAGUUGGUCCUCUACACACUCAACCUCGAAGAGUACGGCUCUCGUGGCGAUUGUGAUGUCAGUCAUAACAAAGACACCUGCUGCAGGGAACAGUACUUCAUUAACUUCCGUGCACUCACCUGGACACAAUACUGGAUCAUUGAGCCGGCGGGCUACCAGGCCUUCAGGUGCACCGGGGCCUGCAAGCAACCCAAGCGCAACUACGGUUACGGGGAGAGAAGGUGCACGGCAUCAGAGAGCGCCCCUUUACCCAUCAUGUACCUGGUGAAGAAGGGGGACUACACGGAAAUAGAAGUGGCAGAGUUCCCCAAUAUGAUUGUAGAACGGUGUGCAUGCACAAUGGACAAUGUCUCCAUAGUAUGAUGGAAAAGAGCCAUAGCAACUCCUGUAAUGCAUUAU